AUGUCGUUCUAUGAAGAUGAGGGUAGUGAGGAGGAUUUGAUGCAAACGAUGGACAUCUUGAUGAAUACAAGCAUGGCGUCAUCCGCACUCCUGAGUCCUCAGUCCACACUGAGUCUGAAGAAGAAUGUAUCCUUUUCUAUGGAUGAGGAGGAAAAGAAGGAAGCGGAACUGGAUUACGACCGAUCUCGUGAAGAGUUGUUGACCAAGGUCGCUCGCUUAAACCAGCUCCUCAAAGAAAGGGAACAACAACUUGUCGAUGAGAAAGACAGACGAAAAAAGAAGGAAAAAAAUCUUCUCAAGCUAGCAAAAGAACUGAAGAAACGCAAUGCACUCCGCGAAGAGGACAAAGUUAGGAAGGAAUUCCUGGAGCACCAUUGGGUUCUUGCACAGAAAGAGCUGGAGCAAUCAAAACAGCUCCAAGAAGAACACAAAGCAGAACAAAAUCACGUUUUAGCAGAAGAACGGUCAAAACAUGCCAAGGAACUUUCUGAUACUGAAAACAGAAUUGCAGCUUUGAAAAAGGCACAUGCCAGUCAAUGUGACGACCUAUGCCGUGAAGUACUCAAAGCAAAUCUAGAAGCAGAUCGUUUACAUGGACAAUUGAAUGAUGGAAUGCUUCGAAAGCCAGAUUUUCUCUCUGAUUCCAAAAAGGUUAGAAGCUCGUUUCGAUUGGGGCCCAUCUUUGCUGUUGGAGUCAUUCUCGGCUCUCUAUUCGCUGCCGUAAGUAUCACCAUGUCAGGCCGAAAGCUCUGUAUUGCCGACAAACACUGUGCCAACAUUGUCAAUCUUGCAUUGCAGUUAUUGUACGUAGCAAGCCAAAUGGAAAUGUUGACCCAUGAUGUCCUCUGUGGUCCAGUAAUGCCAGGAUUGGUUUUGAAGAAGGAACAUGUUGGCUUGUCAUUUGACGCUCCAUUUUGGGCACCAGAAUCAUUGAAAGAAAAAGCAUACGAACUAUUGUGUUCCGAAGUCUCUCCAACACAGAUAUACUGGGAAUCCGAUGGCAAAGACACCCACCGACUUAUUGUACAAAAGGGAGACAAGAGCUUCCGCAAGACAGGGCUUACAAAGUCACGAAUGUUUGGAAACAAUGUUCGUCUAUGGAACAAAAAAGGCUUUGUCGAAGAUUAUGAUGUGACUUCACGCAUGAAUUGA